UAUAUACCAGGGACACCAGGUGAGACGAGGGAGACUAAAGAAGCACAGGACACAGGUGAGCGUGGUGUAACUGAUUACCAGGGAAACAGGCAGCAGGAGAAGGCAGGCAGACGUGACAGUGACAGGGUCUGUGAAAAGAUACAGUUUUGUAUCUUUUUUUUUCUACCUCUCUUUCAAACAGAAAGUUAACCAUAAUGAUAGUUACUUUAUCUGAUGGAAGGUGCUGGACAGAAGAGAGCAAUCACAAAGUUACAGCAGUAAUGACCACAAUCUCCUGCAGGACUCCAGUUCAGAAAUCCUGAUGGACUCAACAACAGCAACAGCAGAACUGGGUUGGACCAUCCACCCGUCACAGGGGUGGGAAGAAGUCAGCGGCUACGAUGAAAACAUGAACACCAUCCGUACGUACCAGGUGUGCAACGUCUUUGACAGCAGCCAGAACAACUGGGUUCGGACCAAGUACAUCCACCGACGGGGCGCCCAGCGCAUCCAUGUCCAGAUGAAGUUCUCAGUGCGGGACUGCGGUUCUAUACCCAAUGUCCCCGGCUCCUGCAAAGAGACAUUCAACUUGUUCUACUAUGAGUCGGACUCGGACACAGUUACCAAAUUGUCUCCGGUGUGGAUGGAGAACCCUUGGGUGAAAGUGGACACGAUAGCGGCCGAUGAGAGCUUCUCUCAGGUGGAUCUUGGCGGUCGCAUCAUGAAGAUCAACAGUGAGGUGCGCAGCUUCGGACCCGUUUCGCGCAAUGGCUUUUACCUGGCCUUCCAGGAUUAUGGCGCAUGCAUGUCCCUCAUAGCUGUUAGAGUCUUCUACAGAAAAUGUCCUCAGGUGGUCCAGAACGGAGCUCUCUUUCCCGAGACUCUGUCUGGAGCAGAGAGCACCUCGCUGGUCGCGGCCAGAGGGGUGUGUGUUCCCAAUGCAGAGGAGGUGGAUGUUCCAAUCAAGCUGUACUGUAAUGGUGACGGAGAGUGGAUGGUUCCGAUCGGGCGCUGUGUCUGCAGGGCUGGGUAUGAAGCAGUGGACAAUGGAACGGUCUGCAGAGCCUGUAUAUCAGGCUUCUUCAAAGCUGCACAGGGACAACACCAAUGUCUACAGUGUCCCGUCAACAGUCGAACUAUAAACGAGGGGUCAACCAACUGCGUCUGCCGCAGCAAAUUCUACCGCUCGGACUCUGACCCUCCACAAAUGCCCUGCACAACCGUGCCCUCCGCUCCUCAGAAUGUCAUCUCCAUUGUGAAUGAAACCUCUCUCCGAUUAGAGUGGAGCCCUCCUCAGGAGUCUGGUGGUCGAGAAGAUGUUGUGUACAACGUUAUUUGUAAAAGCUGUGGCAGCAGUGGCUGCACUCGUUGCGGAGACAACGUGCAGUUUGCGCCACGUCAGCUGGGAGUCACCGACACGCGUGUCCACAUCACAGACCUACUGGCUCAUACGCAGUACACAUUUGAAAUUCAAGCUGUCAAUGGUGUGUCGGACCAGAGUCCCUACUCACCUCACUACACAUCAGUCAACAUCACCACCAACCAGGCGGUACCGUCAGCAGUCUCCAUCAUGCACCAAGUCAGUAGAACCCCUAACAGCAUCACCCUGUCCUGGUCUCAGCCCCACCAGCCAAAUGGAGUGAUCCUGGACUAUGAACUGCAGUACUAUGAGAAGAACCAGGCAGAAUGGAACUCUUCUCUAACCAGAAGUCAGACAAACACAGCAGUCAUACAGAAUCUGAAGCCUGGAACCAUCUACGUCUUCCAGGUUCGGGCUCGGACUGUUGCUGGAUUUGGACGCUUCAGUGGGAAAAUGCACUUUCAGACAAUGACAGAAGAAGAAUACAACUCCAGUCUCCAGGAGAAGCUCCCUCUAAUUAUUGGCUCUGCUGCUGCAGGAGGAGUCCUAAUCAUUGCCAUCACCCUGGUCAUCACUUUGUGCUACAGCAGGAGGCGCUCCAACAGACCAGAAUCAGAAUACACAGAUAAACUGCAGCAUUACACCAGUGGCCACAAAGUGGCACCUGGAAUGAAGAUCUACAUUGACCCUUUCACAUACGAAGACCCCAAUGAGGCAGUCAGAGAGUUUACCAAGGAGAUCGACAUUUCCUGUGUUAAGAUUGAGCAAGUGAUAGGAGCCGGUGAGUUUGGGGAGGUGUGCAGUGGAAAUCUGCGUCUGCCUGGAAAGAGAGAAAUCCUGGUGGCCAUAAAGACACUGAAGUCCGGCUACACUGAUCGUCAGAGGAGGGACUUCCUCAGUGAGGCGUCCAUCAUGGGCCAGUUUGACCAUCCCAACAUCAUCCGUUUGGAGGGAGUGGUGACCAAGAGCAGCCCUGCAAUGAUCAUCACAGAGUUCAUGGAAAACGGAUCCCUGGACUCCUUCCUCAGGCAAAACGAUGGCCAGUUCACAGUGAUCCAGUUGGUGGGGAUGCUGCGAGGGAUAGCUGCCGGAGUGAAAUACCUGAGUGACAUGAACUACGUCCACAGAGAUCUGGCAGCCAGGAACAUCCUGGUCAACAGCAACCUGGUGUGCAAAGUGUCCGACUUUGGCCUGUCGCGAUUUCUGGAGGACGAUACGUCAGACCCCACCUACACCAGUGCCCUGGGAGGAAAGAUUCCCAUUCGGUGGACAGCUCCAGAGGCCAUCCAGUACAGGAAGUUCACUUCUGCCAGCGACUGCUGGAGCUACGGCAUUGUCAUGUGGGAGGUGAUGUCCUACGGAGAGAGGCCGUACUGGGACAUGAACAACCAAGAUGUUAUUAAUGUGAUAGAUCAGGACUACAGGUUACCCCCUCCUAUGGACUGUCCUGCUGUGCUGCACCAGCUCAUGCUGGACUGUUGGCAGAAGGAUCGAGGCAGUCGACCCAAAUUCAGUCAGAUCGUCAGCACCUUUGACAAAAUGAUCCGCAACCCCACCAGCCUCAAGGCCAUGACGCCCAGGUCUUCCAGUGUCCACUUACCUCUGCUUGAUCGCAACACUCCAGACUUCUCCUCCUUCAGCGCGGUGGACGAUUGGCUGGAAGCCAUCAAGAUGGGCCAGUACAAGGAGUACUUUGCCACCGAAGGCUUCACCAGUUUUGAUUUGGUGUCUCAAAUGACCAUUGAUGACAUUCACCGUGUGGGAGUGACGUUAGCUGGACAUCAGAAAAAGAUCCUGAACAGCAUCCAGUGCAUGAGAGCCCAGAUGAACCAGAUCACUUCAGUGGAGGUUUGAACCCGCUAACUCUUCAAUGACCAACACAAGCUGAAGACAGGAUGGACGUGAAUCCAUCCUCUGACUCACCUACAGUCACCUCCUUCCAUACAUGCUUGAAGAUACAGUACAUUCAUCUGCAGCAGUUGUUUUCCUGUUGUCGUCGCAGUGAAAAGUCCAAGCUGCUGUCACUUUAGAGAUGGGAUGUUUACUUCAGCCCACACUCUCCAUACACCUCUGGCCACGUUACCUUUCAUUGGUCACUUUGUUGUUUUAGUUCUGUCUUCCUCAUAGUAACAAAUCAAAGUGAUGGCCACAAAAACAAUUACACAUUUAGGUAGAAAAAAAAAACUAUACAGAGAAAGAUGAAUAACAAUAACAGCUGGGCAGAUCUAACAAAUACAGGGUAACACCUCAUAAACAAAGAUUUAACAGGUGAUUACCAUGACUGUUCUGUUUACAAUAGACACUGUUAUUACUAUGCGAUUGAAUUUUCUGGUCUAUGUUAACUUGAGGUAACAAACGAUGUGUGUGAUUGGUCGACUCACGACUUAAGUACUAAAAAUUGUCUCACUACAUCUACGCCCUAAAACGUUCCACUAACAGAGUCAUUAAACCAUACUGAACUCAUGAUGGAUCAGAAUCUGUUGUAUUCAGGAUAUGCAGUGAUGGUCAGUCAUUACUGAACAGAGACAAAUAUGUUGUCCAGUUCAGACGCUUCGCUGGAUUCACUGAGGAACUCAAUACUGAGGAGUCAAGAAGGACUUAAACACUUGGGCCCCCUGGUGGUGGUCUUGAGUGAUAGACUCUACUGCUUGGUCCCAGUCCUUGGCAGCAGUAAGGCCCUCACAUUGGGCUGGCCCAGUACUGGAGUACUGUGUAUGUGUCCUGGCAGAGAGAAUGGAAGAAGGACAUGAGGGUCCUCAGAACAGUGGGACAGGAGGCCUUAUACCAAAUAUUCUUUUUCUCAACAACGGGGUGAGUCAUUCUUUCUUCCAGAACUUUGUUCUUUAUAUGAGCGAGGACUGUGAUUCUGUACAUCGCCUCAUGCUUUAAGACGACUGACUUCCAAUGCAGUGGCAGCCCGAUGUCUUCUGCCAUUGUUGUGUUUACUUUGUCACACAACAAAUGUGACUCCUGUGUGAAUGGAAACUUCAAACAUUGCCAUAACAUCGACUGCUGUAAACACAUUUUUAAAAAGUGUUGGUUAACAGAUUUGUUUUCAAAGUAGAUUAAAAAAAACAUGACGUCCGGCUAUUGUGGCAGGAAGAGCUUUCUUUAAAAAAAGGUAAUCACUAUUUUAAUCCUGAAGGCAUCAUACUGUAGUUGUACCUGCACUGUCACACUGGAUUCACAAUGUAUGAAUUUUCCAAUGUAAAAAGAUUAUUGAAAUGAACAGUUCUGUCUUCCUCUUACAGCCCGCUGCUGUCGGCCCACAGGUAGCGUCACAGUUUCAGAAUAGAGGGCCAAAAACUACAGUAUCAUUGACUGAACCAGAGACGCCACAUUCACUAUUGGGUCUCGAUUCACAGACACUUAUUCUGUGGGACUGAAACUCCUUCAACCUAUUCACAAGCAGGUCUCCAGGGCUUGUGUUGUGUACUAUUGAAGUACAGUAUAUGCUCUUAAAGUAAAAAAAGUACUUUCUGUUACAUGAUUUUUAAUGUUGCAAAAGUUACACACUGUAUAAUAACAAUAAUGUCACACUCCUUGUAUCAUUAUUUAAAUUUUUUAACUAAAUGUUCUCAAAUUGAUGUCAUUACACUGACCAAUUGUUAAGGUAAAAAUAUAAGAAAAAAUGAUGCAGAAUUCAUAAAAGUUGGACUAUAUUGGCUGUAUGGAAUGGCUUUAAGAUGACAAACAAAAACCAACAAAUGAGAGCGUUAUUAAUUCAGAUUACUGCCUAGAUAUGUUUACAUUAAAAGAGAGUCAAUUCUCAUUUCCCAGCAAAAAGUUUUGAGAUUCUGUGCCUGUUUGAACACCUAAAGAUGUGAUGUAAGGAAAAGUAUGUCCUAAAAAUCUAGGCUUCAAUAAGAAUUCAAUAAUAGCCGUCUUCCAACUCUUCUGAUGUCAUUUGUGUUUGCUUCAAUGCUCCGGACAUGGAAAGUUUUGAGUAAUGGAGUGUAAAUCGUGUAAACAAAUUAUAGUGAGCAGAAGCUAUUUAUGACAUACGAGGAAGGAGCUGACCCUAAGGAAAAUUGGUAAAAUAAUUAAAAAAAUAACAAAUUACAUGCUUGGUUGCUCCUGCCUCUGUUGGCAGGAUAAUGUAAUUAGACUUAUAAAACCCCACACACUGUAUGGUCACGGUUAUGACAGGAUUGUGUAAUUGUUUUAGUUCAGGUUGUGAUUUGUUUUCAUCCCACUCAUAAUUCCCACGGUUUAAAGAGCUGUAAAAACAGGCAGAUUAAUGAUUUCAAUUUCUAACAGCAGUAAAUGCUGUUGUUCUUCAUUUUUAGGACAGUGAUUCGGCAGAACAGAAAGUUCUUGACCUUCAAGACUCAUGUUUAUUCUCUGGGCAUUUCUCGGGGUCACACAGGUUUUGUGCAGUGAAGCACAGAUCUUGUGUCUGCUACAAUCACGUCUCACUGUUCACUUUCACUUCACGGUUACCAGUGACUCAGCUGAGGUGACAUGUCAAAUUUAACAAGCCAGUUAGGGUUCUCUGAGACCACAAACUCCUCCAUUUGGGUUGUUUUUACACAGUCACUUAAGGUAAAUUUGUCUCUUUUUUAAUAUCGCAAUUAAUAUCACAAUAACAAUAAUAACGAAAUAGGACUUGACAUUGUGACACAGCACACCACUGCACACAAAGAAAUGUGAGCUCUGCAUUCUACCAAGCAGUAAAAGUGAGCAGGGGGCAGCUUAAAGGGAACUUUGGGAGCAGUGUGUGGGGACGGUGCCAUGCUCAGCCCAACACCUCAGUGGUAACUCAGCAGCUGAAGGACUCAAACCUGAAACCUUCCCAACCCAAGUCUGCUUCCUUAACCAGCAAGCCAUAUUUCACAGUACAGUGUAUGGAACAUGACUGCACACCUUCAUUUAUGCAUUCAUUUAUGUGACAUCUAGUAUUAUGACAAUUGACAAAAAUAAUAUUUUUUCCAUACUUUUACAGUACAAAGCACAGAUUUGACAUGUUUGCCAUAAAUGUACUGUAUGUAAAUGUGUGUCAUGUGAGCUCAAAAAGAAAAUGCACAUUUUCAAUUUUGUAAAUUGUUACAUGAACUGUCAUGAAACUGUCCACCACAGAUUUCUUUUUCCUGAUUCCUGAAUUUGUUUAUUUGAUUUGAUUGAGUUUUUUGUCAUUCAAACCCACGUGUAGUUUCAUAGACCACCUUAUCUCAAAAAAACAAAACAAAACAAAAAAAAAACUGCAAAUGUUUCUGCACAAUGAGUAUAUAUGUUCUGCUUGUUGUCAUAUAGACUACAAUCACACCUUGCUCAACAGGUUUUUAGGGUGCCAGUCUCAAAGAUAAAUGUGCUUCUAUAGCUGUCCCAACAAGUUUUGUUUUAGCUUAGCUAUUCGUGGUAUCUGUGCUUCAGACAUUUUUCAGUUUUUUUGUUUUUGCCACACAUCCUGUAACGCCUGUCUUUCAUGUUCAACAGAUACAAAGACACUGAACUGCACUGUAUUGUUAUAUCCACGCUAUGCACAUAUGACAACUGUGACACAUGGGGCCCAGCUGGCAUACUCUGACAAUACGUGUGCUCUACAGCACUGCUGUGCUUUAAAAAAAAUGUUUGUUGAGGAAACACUCAAAUUUCCAGCCAUAACUGUCCAUUUUGACUAAUCCUAGUUAGGAACCUCAAGUUUAAACGUGUUAAAGAAGCUGAAGAAUAUUUGAAAAGUCUCAAUAGCGCCCUCAGUGGGUGGUCAUGAAUGUCUAUAAAUAUAAAAAUAGGAUAAACUGAAUUGCACUAAAAACCAAUGUUAAUUAUUUAUUACUAUUAUGGAUAUUUGUGAUUUGCUAUCUUUUGUAAAAUUACAACAUUAAAAGCUGUAAGGAAGUCUAUCAAUUGAAAAUACAGAUUUCUUGUUCCAUAUGUAACAUCGUCUGCAGUGACAAAUUAGUUUGACCUAGAUAGUGUGUGGAUGUGGGCCACAUCUGGCGGCGCUGCAAUGCAUCUGGUUUUCAUCUGGCCCACGUGUAAAAUGUAGGUCUUUUUUGGCACAUUUGUUUUUUAUGAUAAGGUUUAAUCUGUAUUUCCCAUGAAAUGCCCUAUUUACAACUGCUGGUUUGUUCAGGUUCCAGCUAGCUGUUAGCUAGUGUAUGUUUGUAGUGUCAUUCACUAUCAUAAACCUUCACUAAAACAUGGAAAUCCAAGUGUUUUAAAAAGUGUUUUAUGUGUUUUAACUACACUCUGUCAGCUGCGUUUGGUCUAACUGCUAAUGCUAAUGCUUUGUAACUGUUUUUUAACUACUUACACAAGAAGUGCAAAGAAGGGAAUUUAAUAAUUAUUUUUAGAAAACAGUUUUGGUCAGAUAACACCUGCAGACAUUACAAAAAAAUUAAUUAGCUGAGAGGGAACAAAAUGGAAAAAUGUACUAAUAUUGUAGAGAUAACAGAUCAAUAAGUCAAAAACAGAUGAAAAAAAAUUAAAUAAAAUGUUUAAUUAAAUCUAAUGAGAACUGGAUGUAUAAUCUGUCGACCACAUACAACCUGUUUAAAUUGACAGGCUGUUUUUUUUAGGAUAGGUUUUAACACGUCACCAGUAAGUGUUUGAAAAAAUGCACAGUAAAUACGCCAAAGGUUUGUUGCGAUAGUUGAAAAAUCUGUGAUAAAUUUCCAUAAGUCUUUGUCCUUUGUUUUGAACUGAUGAAGCUGCAUGGAGUGACUGUGAAAAGCUUAGACACAGCCCGAAUAUGCUGUUUACUUUCAUUUCCACCCAUUGACAUUUAGAAGCAAACUUUGUGAAUGUUAAAAGUUAACACAAGUAUGAACAUGUCUGAUAUCAAAGUGAAUAGAGUGUGCAGUGUCAAAUUGCCAAUUUUGUUUUUGUUUUCCUCCUGUGAUGAUCUUCCAGAAACCAAUAUUUCAGCUUCAUGCACCACCACCUGCUUUCUAUAUGCACUAUGUGUGUCUUCCUUGAUGUACAACCUAAUAUUAUCCUAAAUGUAGAGAUGUUUUAAAAUGAAUUUUUUUGGGCCAAAGCACAUGGGACAUACACUCCAGACACCUGCAUCUGAACACACCUGUCUUUUUGAUCCUUUCCACUGUGAUCUCACUGACAACUUGUUUUGGUUCUAUAUCUUCUUUUUCUUUUUUUUCUGUAAAAAUGUAUUAUAUAUUGUGAUGACUUGUGAAUUAGUUAUUUGUAAUACUGUUACUACUUUAUUUUGUACAAACAAA